AUAAUAACUGAUACCGGAACCAGCUUCCAACAACAACCGGUCUAAGCAAAAGACUGAUUGGUGACUUUCAGUCACACUCUUCUCCAUGGAAUCUCCUUCCCCCAAUUUUCAAGAAUGGAUGAGCCAAAUUGGAGUCAACCCUCCACCUCCGGUGCUUCGUCUUCGUCUUACAGGGAGGAUUCAGGCGCGGCAGCGGCGUCUUCUUCACAGGUUCGAGAGGAAGAGGAGGACCGAGACCAGGACUACCCGCCACAGCAUCAUUUCCAAUUUCAUAGUCCUGAGCUUGAGAAUCACCACAUUGGUGGCUUUCUUUCUUACAGAGAUAACUCACCUGCUUUUAAUGAUAAUUCAUCAUCGGUGAUUAGAGAUGACACGUGGUCUUGCAUCAUUGUUGUUUUCACUUUUUGGUUUUUCGUUUCGAUGACUUUGAUUCUGGGAGUUUACGGGCCAAUGAAUCUACAACUUGGUCCAAAUUGUUCUCUUCUUAUUCAACCAAAUCCUCUUUUUGUUCAGAGUGUGACGGUGGAGGAGAAAGAUGGUACUAAGCCAGGACUCAACCUCUAUGGAUUAUAUAAAUCUCCAUCUCUUGAUGAAGUUACUACCUGGUCUGAAACUUACACCCCCACUAUUCAAGCCGAUUCUCACAUGGAGUGGAUUCGUUAUCUGAACAGGGGAUCUCAAGUUAAUAUUUCAUAUAAUGUGAACUCAGUUAGCUCCUCUGUUUUUCUUAUAAUUGCUGAAGGGAGUGAAGGCCUUGCUCGAUGGCUUGAGGAUCCAACAUACCCUAACACCACUUUAUCUUGGAACAUUGUUCAUGGGAGUGGUAUGAUUCAGCAGGAUAUAUAUAGAUCUUCAAGUUAUUAUAUUGCACUUGGUAAUAUGAACACAGAGGACAUUAAGGUGCAAUUAAACUUCACAUUCAAGGCUUAUAUUUACAAUACAACUGAAGCUUACUACAAGUGUACCUUCGCUAAUGGAGUGUGUAGCUUGAAUAUCUUGUUUCCUGAGGGAAAUUCUGUAGUCUUGACAUCUCCUGGUCCAGAACAGCGUAGAUCUGCACACGACUGGUCUUUUAGAUUGUCGUAUGGACCAAGAUGGAUUACAUAUAUUGUUGGCAUUGGUGGAAUGACUGGAAUCAUGUUGGUUGCCUUUAACUUCUUAAACAAGUUCCAAUAUACUCGUGAAGAUGAAGCACGUCUUCGUAAUGGGGAGCUUGCUUCUGCAAGAGCCCCUCUGCUUUCACGCAAAGCCGAUGAUUUAUCAAGUCGAGGAUCAUCUUAUGAUUCCGUUUCAAGUGAUGAGGCAGAUCUUGAAGAUUUUCUAGCGGUUUCUCUUGAAGGCACAUCAAUAGGAGACGGUGAAAACAGUAGCAAUACCCGGAGACUUUGUGCAAUUUGCUUCGAUGCUCCAAGGGACUGCUUCUUCCUUCCAUGUGGGCACUGUGUGGCUUGCUUUGCAUGUGGAACAAGAAUAGCAGAGGCUGAUGGAACUUGCCCCAUUUGCCGUCGGAGUAUGAAAAAAGUGAGGAAGAUUUUCACGGUAUAAUCAGGGGGAACAGCAGUUUAUGCUGAUGAAUCCCUUAAUCGAGUGAAUGAUACACUGUCUGACUGGGUUAUCUUUAUCAACACAGUUUUCAAGGUGAGACUCUUAUCUAUCAUCGUUCUAAACGAUGUUACACCAACCCGUCAUUGUUCUUGAAGCAUUGUAUCCAUCGAACCAAUGAGCCAUGCAUUUUGUUUUCCCAUAGUGGCUUUUGUAUCCUUCAUAAAAGUAGAUUUUCUUUGGAUUCAACAAUUCAGUCAUCACUUUACAAACAAACCAACUAAAAAGUAAUUAUUUUCUUCAUUAUUUUUAGUUUAUCUUUUGAAAAUCUGUGUUGUAAUGUAUUAAGCUCUUAAUUGAGUUGAUGUUAUCAGUCAACCGGUACCAACUCAGUUGAAUAAGAAUUAAAAUAACUUUAUUUACAAAGUAAAUAAUAUUAUUUAUCA